CACGUUUUGAAAGGUUGAAGUUGAAUUUUACCGUCGGGGCUUAGAUUCCAACUGAACAGUGGCACUACUGUAGCUCGCUUCUGGGAAUCUCAGAGGCUUGAGAGUCGGUAGUCACUGGUCACAAAUCACUAAGGCCAAAGUGACCAAAACGGACCAAAGUACAAGUACACAGGGAGCAAAUCCCUGGAAGUUAAGGGAAUUAAACAGAAUGCUGGUGUAAAUAAUUUCUUUGAAACAGCCGCCAUUUUGAGAGUUUUGAAGAUUAUUUGACUGGGAUUUAGUCCAUUGAAAUGAGGAAACCUUUACGCUCAAUUUGCUCAAAUAUGUGGACAAGUGUUCAAUUCGGGUAUUCAUUAUCACGGACCAAUAUGAAGUUCUUUAUUCUUUCCAUUUUAUUAAUUCCAGGAUGUUUGUGUGCCAACGUUGCAUUUGUUUUAGAUGAAAUUGAUUUGUUGGAAGAAGUGAGAAUAGCAGAUGCUACUUCGCGAACGAAUGGUAUGUGUAGUGGGAGGGACGACAAUCGGGCAUUCCAGAUCACGGGCGAGGAGCAACUCACCGUGCAAUUUCAGUCUACAUUCAGAGAUGGACUUCCAGAAGAGUUUUCUUUAAUGGCCAACUUUAGGCAUAACAACAUGACUGCCAAAGAUGGUAAACUAUCCAUACCUCUGCUCACCAUUUACAACAAUGAUGCUCGAGAAGUGUUUGGAUUGUACGUAGGAGAAGACGCAAAGUUUCUUCUUAGCGAUGAAGAGGCCAGAACAACCUUAGAUAAAGCCACACUCUUCGAAUCAUGGAACACCAAUGAUGGAAACUGGCACAGGAUAGGAAUCAGUGUAAGUGGAGGAAGUGUGACGCCUUACUUUGACUGUGCCCCAGGGGAACCCAUUUCAUUCAAGCGCAGCAUGGUUCCAGAGGAUGCUUUCAGUAGAGAGGGAAUCUUGUUUAUUGGUCGUGACUUAAAUGACUCUCCUGAAUUCAAGGGUGCAAUCCAAGAUUUGAUUUACAUGCCCUUCCCCGAGGGGGCCAAGGAUGUUUGUCGAUACUAUGCCCCUGAAUGCAACCAGGAUUAUUUCACCUUAAGUACCGGGAAGUCUGAUCAAGGUUUCGUAGACCAAUCUAUGGCCGCCGUUACGGGAAAUGUCAGUAAGAUGGGAGGUGGAGAAGUCGUGAUGGUGGACAAGUCUAGCAUGGGAGCGGGAGCGGGGGGAGUUGUCAUGGUGGACAAGUCAGGAGCUAUGGGAGUUCUGGAUAAAUCAUCGUCUGGCGGAUUCAUCGUGGACGCCAAAACUGGAGAAACUGUGGGAAAAAUGGGAAGUUCUGUGUUGAUGGGCAAAGAGGGAGCGCCGAUGUUGACGUACGAUGCAUCGACUGGAGUGUCCUACGCCUACCGCUAUGGCGCAUCAGGACCCCCCGGACCCAUGGGUCCCCCAGGACCACCAGGGCCAAAGGGUGACACGGGUUUUGACGGACGUGACGGUAUACCUGGAGCAGGUGGUAUGCCAGGACCCCCAGGAAACGUCUUCAUCAUCGAUGCUAAUUUUGCAUCUAAGACGUCCCACCAGGCUCAAGCAUUCAGAGAAAUCCUUGGACAACACAUGCUUGCAAUGCGUGGUGCCCCUGGACCCCAGGGAAUGACCGGUAUUCCAGGACCUGCGGGGCCUCCAGGAAUCGAUGGUCCGAAGGGGGAUGUUGGGAAUCCAGGAGAACAGGGUAUAGCAGGGCCUAUGGGAUUUCAGGGCGUUGCUGGUCAACCAGGAGAACGGGGACGUCCAGGUUUUGAUGGCGACAGAGGAGAAAUGGGACCACCAGGUGAAAAGGGUCCACCCGGAUACCCCGGCAUGCCAGGCUUUCCAGGACCAAAAGGAGAACGGGGACACAUUGGGCCAACAGGUGCUACUGGACCGGUAGGACCAGUAGGAACAUCGGGAGACAUUGGUGAACAAGGACCAGUUGGGCCACCAGGAGAAAUUGGACCUAGAGGCUUCCUUGGACCACAGGGUCGACCAGGACCAAUGGGAUCUCCGGGUCUGCCAGGACUUGAAGGAGCCCCGGGACCAAAAGGAAACGAGGGUUUAGUUGGAGCGCCUGGUGCCCCUGGUCAAUCUGGUGCCCCUGGAGCAAUAGGCCCCCCAGGGCCUCCUGGACCCCUUGGACCCCCCGGAAUCCCUGGCCCAAUGGGUAAGCCUGGUCUCCCAGGUUUACCUGGACCAGUAGGACCACCAGGUAACGCUGGAAAAGAUGGAGAGCCAGGAAUAAAGGGAGAUGAGGGUGUCAUGGGUCUUCAAGGUGUGACAGGGUACCCAGGUCCACGUGGAAUCAAAGGUGACUCAGGACCUCCUGGAAAUCAGGGGUCAAAAGGAGAAAAGGGUGAUAUUGGAUUGGUGGGUCAAAAGGGAGAUUAUGGAUUCCUCGGAGAGAAGGGUCUGCAGGGAGAGCCUGGACCCCCCGGACUUGAGGGAAUUGAGGGGGCAAAGGGAAACCCCGGACCUCGUGGCGAGGCUGGAGACGCAGGACCUCAAGGUGAAAAGGGAAUGAUGGGACCACUAGGAAUGCCGGGAUACCCAGGACCACCUGGACUUGUGGGACCACCAGGUAGAUCUGGACGUAGAGGAAGGAGAGGAGGACGAGGCAAACCUGGUUUGCCAGGACCAGCAGGAGAUGAAGGAGAGAGGGGACCGAUCGGCCCACCGGGCGAGAGGGGUAAACCAGGACCUCGCGGGCCAGUAGGACCGAAGGGACAAUCUGGACAAGCAGGAUCUCCAGGGUUCCAAGGAGAGCAGGGUAUUCAAGGACCCCCAGGGCCUGCCGGUCUUAUGGGUCCCACGGGGCCACAGGGUCUUCCAGGACAAGACGGUAUGCCAGGUGCAACAGGAGAGAGAGGACUUCCGGGUACACCGGGUAUUCCUGGAGCUCCAGGGCAGAUGGGAGUUAUGGGACCACAGGGAGCUCAAGGUGAACCUGGAUCUCCUGGAGACAGAGGCGCACCUGGAAUUCCGGGACCUCCUGGUGACACUGGACUGUCUGGAGCGGCAGGAGACAGAGGACUUCCGGGCCCACCUGGUCCACCAGGAAACGAGGGUGUCCAGGGCCCACCAGGACCCACAGGGGCCAAGGGAAUGAGGGGUUACCCAGGACCACCGGGAAAAGAUGGUCUUCCAGGCGAGCCUGGAUCACCUGGGCCACAGGGACCAAGGGGAGAAAAAGGAACCCUUGGUGAAACUGGAACGGCAGGCUUACCAGGAAUACCUGGACCACCUGGACCACAAGGAGCAGAGGGACCCCCGGGAACAAAGGGUGACAUGGGAGUGGAAGGUGCCGCAGGUUUACCAGGUCCAGAUGGAGCCCAAGGACCAAGAGGAUACCCUGGACUCCCGGGACCAGUUGGGCCACCAGGAGAAGACGGAGACAAGGGGCCACCUGGAGAUCCUGGAGCAAGGGGACCUCCGGGAGACCAUGGAGAAACGGGUCCACCAGGGCCACAGGGACCCCAAGGACUUCGUGGAGUGGAUGGACCACCAGGUCCUCCUGGAGAACCAGGCAUCCAAGGCGUUCAGGGCCCUCCCGGUCUCAAGGGUUCCACCGGUCCUCGUGGUCUACAGGGCAUGCCGGGAUUACAAGGUCUUCAGGGACUUCCGGGACCUAUCGGGGAGAAAGGAGAACAAGGCGACAGAGGAAUGGACGGUCCCCCCGGUGCCCCAGGUCCCCAGGGAGAGCCGGGACCAGAGGGCACACAGGGUCCAACUGGUUUACCUGGGCCCCCUGGAUUCGAAGGAAGACAGGGUUUAAAGGGUGAACACGGUGUCCCAGGUCCGGCUGGUCCACCAGGGAUAGACGGUGUUAUGGGAACGGUUGGAGAGCCAGGACCUAAAGGUGAGACCGGAAGACCAGGCCCUCAAGGACCUUCCGGACUCAGAGGCGCGCAAGGCAUACCAGGACAAAAGGGACAUGCGGGAAUACAAGGUCCCCCUGGUAUUCCUGGACCACGUGGAUCACCAGGUUUGAAGGGUGAGGCGGGACGUGACGGACCGGAAGGAGAACAAGGAGUUGCAGGACCAGUGGGUCCGCCAGGUUCUCCGGGAGAGUCAGGACUUCCGGGACAGCCCGGUAAACAGGGUGAAAGUGGAAGCCCGGGGCCCCAGGGUGAACCAGGGCCGAUAGGCGAGAAGGGAGACCGUGGACUGCAGGGUCCAAUGGGAGGACGUGGUUUACCCGGAUCGCCGGGCAACCGCGGACCCCCAGGCCCCCCGGGACCACCAGGUUCUCCCGGACCAGUCGGAGAAGCCGGUGCUGUAGGGGCCCCUGGAAUACCGGGAGAACAAGGACUACUGGGACCACCUGGACCACCGGGUGCCAAGGGAGAAAUGGGGGAUAAGGGAGAGAAGGGACACAUGGGUCGUGUGGGGCCCUCGGGAGUUAUUGGUGACGUCGGACCUAAGGGAGAGCCGGGAGAGCCCGGGCCCCCUGGAAUCAAGGGUGAUAGGGGUCCGGAGGGACCGGAAGGUCCUCCAGGUUUCCCAGGACCGGAAGGAACUCCAGGAUUCCCAGGGCCACCUGGACCACCAGGACUCAAGGGAGAGCGGGGAGACACAGGACCAAAAGGCGACCCUGGUCUACCGGGCCCUACUGGACCCCCUGGUGCCCCCGGGGCAUCUCAGGCCUUCCCAUCCAAUUUCUUCUCCUCAUCUUUGGCGCCAAAAGUACGCAGACGAAAACGUGCCGUCAAUCAACAUGAGAAUGCUUUCGAAUUCGAUGUCAAUGAAUUGGUGAAGGAAAUGGAAAGCAAGAAAUAUGAACUGAAGGAAGGCGUCACUCUUCUGGUCGGCAAAAUGUUUGGGCACAUACAAAAGUUAAAUGAUGAGAUUUCCAAGAUUCAACAUCCAACAGGGAAAGAGGGCAACCCUGCCAGUACCUGUAGUGAUAUCAAACUAGGAAAUCCAGACUCUAAAGACGGUUGGUAUUGGGUAGAUCCUACUCUAGGAGCGUCUGGUGAUGCCAUCAAGGUUUGGUGUAACAUGACCGCCGGAAGUACCUGCAUCUAUCCAACCGAACUAACCAAACAGUCUCCAUUGCAAUCAAGAGAGAAGGAAGAGUCUGGACAAUCGUUUAGCGGGCUUAAAUCUGGAUUCAUGAUUGAGUACCCGGAUGAAAAACAGCUGAACCUUCUGCGCUUGUUCAGUGAACACGCCACCCAGACAUUCACGUACUACUGUAAAAACGCCGUGGCCUGGUACGAUGACGUGUACAAAGAUAAAAAGAGCGCCAUUAUCCUAGAGGGCGCUGAUCGAACAGAAUACUUGACUCAAAACUUUGCAAAUGUAAUCGAUGGCUGCAAGACAAGAAGUGGAGAUGGAAAAGCUAUAUUUGAAAUAUCAACAAAGAAAAUUGAAAGUUUACCAAUAAUUGACUUUAUACCAAAGGACUAUGGACAACCUAACCAAGAAAUUGGCUUUGAAGUUGGACCAGUGUGCUUCUCUUAAAUUCACCACACCCUAGCUCAUUUUGUCAUUUAUUAUUGGUUUAUCAUUUUAUGUUCAUUUGAACACAAUAUUUAUUGAGGACUGCUUUAUUAUGUUUCAUUUUAGAUACAUUGUAUGUUAAUUGGUCUCGAUAUUGUAUUGGGUAUAGCCUUUCGGACGAUGUAACUAAAUUAGUCAAUAGCGAACACUGAUGGUAAACUCGGUUUAUCAUUUACAGCGAAACUGUGAUUAACCAUUAUAUAGGUUACGUUCAUUUGUAAUCGACACGAAAUCCACAGUACAUUAUUUAGUAGUAUUAAUGUAUCAUGGAACUCUAUACUCUCAUGUUUUAUAUCACUAGCGUUUAACAUAGCAAUUGUAUGACUGGCUGGAUAAGGGAAAACAGGGACCCAAAAUGCAUCUGUGCCACGUGACGUACGUCUCGUGAUCUUUUCUGUUUUUUAAAUAUGGCUGCUCUUUUCAGUUCAAAAUUAAUGCAUACUACAGUAUCAAUGAUUGGUUGGAUGUCAAACACUGAUCUCACGUGACUUCCUUUGUAAUGUCUGCAUGUUCCAUGUGUAAAUUGCAUUGUUUUUUAUUCACUAGCCCCCUUUCACUGCCGUCGCUGUUAUAAUCAUAAAUUACGAAUUAAAGAAUAAAUUGAAAUGCUUUUU